GCACAAAUAUAGCGGCUUUACCGCCAUUUGUAACACCGCCUUUCCUAAGCGAGACCUCUCAGCCAAGCUUCAUAAACGAAUAUUUGGCGAUAAGGAUUAUUAGCUGUUAUAUCGCUUUGACACUAAAAUAGUCGAUUAAAGUCGCGUUUACGUUUUAAGAAUUAAGAUAUUUUCCACGUCUUAGUCAGGCGGUUGUUGUAAAAUAUUAAAAUCUUGGAUUAAUCCAGUUAGCGACCCGGCUAGCCUCAGGAGCUAGCUGCUUCACGAGUUCUUAUUGGAGUCUAUUUGGAAAUAUCGUAACCUAGCUAACAAGGUUUCUCAAAAGUUUUUCGUUAAGUCUUACAGGUCUGCUAAUAACCCAAGCUGAAUACCAACCAUGAAGCUGUACAGUUUGUGUGUGUUGUACAAAGGGUCGAACAAGGCCAACCUUCUCAAAGCAGCCUAUGAUCUGUCUUCAUUUAGUUUUUUUCAGAGAUCCAGCGUACAAGAGUUCAUGACCUUCACCAGCAACCUGAUAGUCGAGCGCUCCUCGUUGGGAAGCCGCGCAUCUGUCAAAGAACAAGAAUACCUGUGUCACGUAUAUGUGCGAAACGACUGUCUGAGUGGAGUAGUGAUUGCAGAUAACGAGUAUCCUUCCAGAGUGUGCUUCACUUUGCUCGAUAAGGUGUUGGAUGAAUUCGCUCGGCAAGUGAACAGCAUAGACUGGCCCUCAGGCUCGCCAGCUACUGUCCAAUAUACCGCCUUAGACAGCUACCUGGCCAAGUAUCAGAACCCGCGUGAAGCUGAUGCCAUGACAAAAGUGCAAGCUGAACUGGAUGAAACCAAAAUUAUUCUCCACAACACAAUGGAGUCCCUUCUUGAAAGAGGAGAGAAGCUGGAUGACUUGGUACAGAAGUCUGAGCACCUCGGAAACCAGUCAAAAGCCUUUUACAAAACGGCACGGAAGCAGAACUCUUGCUGCGAGGUGAUGUGAUGGAAGCAUCAUGAUGGAUCAGACUCUCCCGGACCAGUGUAUCUUUAUCCCUGUUGUCUCUCUCUCUUAUCUCCCUGUCGUCUCUCUCUUGGCCCGGGCUCAGACACAGAGCGGACACGGCUGUUCCAGAGACAUUAUAGUGAGUGUUGAGGAUAGAGAGAAUCCCUGAUUUUUUUUGUUUACUUACUUUUCCUCCGAGAUGGGUUAGAGGGACUGAUUUCCCAGACUACACCACACUUAACUGCACCGCUUUUUCUUCCGCGUUCCAAGGCAGUCUGCUCAGGGCCCAUUGCGCGCAGGGUUUUAGGAUGAGAAAAUGCACAGCGCAGACAGAAGGUUAAAAAGUGAAGUCUGUAUCGUGCCUUACUUUAAGUGGCUGUGCAUUCAGUUAGAGUGAUAGCCUUAAUAAUGAACAUUUAAAGUCAAGGGUUAUAUCCUUGACUUUGAAUACUGUUCAUGGGUGAUGACUACGGUUCAACAAUAUUGUUCUAUACUGUGUGUACUUUAAAUCCUUUUACAAGUUGUGAAAUAAAUCAAGUGAAUUGUGUCAGACUGGCUCUUACUUUGAAUACGUACAUUGUUCACUUUGUAAAAUGUAAGCGAUUAGAUAAAUAUGUAUUUCGUCAUAUUUUUACAUUCCCUUUUUUUCCCCCCCUCCUGUUAGCAAUAGUCAUAUUUAAAGUGUGGUCGCCUCUGAAAUCAGUCCCUUACCCUUGAAUGACAUUUCAUCAUGGUAUAUGCGUAUUCUCUAAUUUUCAGACAGAACUAACAAAUGUGAAUCAUAUGUACUUUAACUAUGAGUGACUCUGCAAUCAGUGUUAAGUCUAAAAUCAUGUCAGUGUGAGUGCUACAGGAUGGUCCAAAAGUCUGGGUCCACAAGCACAUGAGAACGAGAUCUAUUCAAUGUUUUUAUUAUUAAUUUAACAUCCAUCUUGAGUUUGAGAUAAAUAUUAAAAGAAAAAAAAAAUUAUGAGGAAAAGUGCCUAUAGAUCCAGACUUUUCAGCAACCCUCUAUUAUGCUUUCCUAUCUUGAUUCCUAUCUUAACUUUUCAGCAAAGGCUGAAGUUAUAAAACUACUAAAACUAUCCUAAUUGGUCUCAUCCUGAAAUGUUCCCCAUUUAGGACCUUUUAAAGUUCCUAAACGUCUCUCUGUGUUCAUGUACAUCAGCGAAAGCUUCAAGACUAUCAGAUAUCUGGAGUGCAUAGUGUGGCUGAAGUUUGGCUUUCUUUUGUUAACCUUCUUGUGAUUCCAUGGUGUUUAGUGAUCUGGUGGUGUUUUACUUUAUGCAGAGAUGUUGCUCAAUCUGUGUGGCUUGUAUGUAGAUGUGUGCGUGCGUGUGUUUCCUUGUCAAAACUUCGACAAGCUGCUCUCGAGGACCUUCCUGAGGUGCCUUUUUGGUAAUUUGCCAAAUCCCUGCAGCUCAUUCAGUCUUUAAGUCUGAAUGACGACAUGUUCUGUGUAGUUGUGUAUAAAAAAAAUAACUAACUUGGUUAAAUAUACUCCUGAAGUGUACAUGAGAAGUGUUUAUAUGCAAAAUGGGUAAAAUUGAUCAUUAAAUAUGCUAUAACAGUUUUCUCCUUCAGCUCAAUGCACAGUUGAUCGGCUUUGUACUGUAGGUUUUAAUCUCAAUUCUCAUCUUAAUGUACUCAUUGUAUAAAUGUAUAAUUAAUACAGCAGCUGUAACAAGUGGAAAAGUUAUGUUCAGUCUGUACAAAUGAAUUAUCAAAUUGC